CGCUGCUCCACAAAGAAGCACAAAUCAAUUCCAAAACAAAAAUCAUCCGACGUUCUUGAAGGGUUUACGAAAUCGCACAAGUAGUUCAGGCUGUUCUUUUUACUAUAAAAUGACAUACGAAUCCUGACUGCCGGACUAAUGGCAAUGAAAAAAAGAGCCAGAGGGGAGGAGAAAGAAGAAGAAGACGGCGAGCAGGGCAGCGAGUUUGCCAAGCUACCGCAGGAGUGCGUCCUCCACGUGCUCGCCUUCACGACACCUCGUGAUUCGUGCAGGUCGGCCGUCGUCUCCAAGGCUUUUCUCUCCUGCACGAGCUCCGACGCCCUGUGGGAGCGCUUCAUACCCUCCGAUUAUGCCGAGAUCCUAUCGCGGGCCGUUCAUCCCGUGGAGUUCUCCUCCUCCUCCAAGAAGGAGCUCUAUUUCGGCCUCUGCAAGCCCAUCCUCAUCGACGGCGGCAAACUGAGCUUUCAUUUGGAGAGAUCGACCGGGGGCAAGUGUUACAUGGUGCCUUCGAGCAGCAUGUGGAUGGCAUGGCGGGACGUAUGGCGACAUUGGAGAUGGAUCUCACAUUCAGACUCCAGGUUUGGAGAGGUGACAGAACUUGUAUCCGUUUGUUGGCUUGAAAUGACUGGCAGCAUAGACAGUGGGCUGCUCUCUAAGAAGACGUGGUAUACAGCUUAUAUGGUCUUCAAGUUGGCCUCCGGCGCAUAUGGCCUCAAUUCCCCUCCGCAGAAAGUCUCGGUCAGCUUGGGAACCUAUUCAUCCGAUAGUUUCAUUACUCUACAGCAGGAUGACGACGAUGAUGACGACGACCAAGAGGAGGAGGACGAGAAAGGGAAGAGGAAUCUGAGGGACGAUGGUUGGAUGGAGAUCGAGUUGGGUGAUUUCUACAACGAUGAAGGGGAUAAAGGGGAAGUAAGCAUCCACCUGAGGCAGUACGAAGCCCUGCAUUUCAAGCAUGGACUACUCAUCGAUGGACUUGAGUUCAGACCCAAGAUUUAAGGAGGACAUGCAUGCGCACUAGCCAGAAGGAGACUCGAUGACUCUUUUAAAGAACUUGAACCUUGCUUUUCAUGAUCCAUUUCAUCAUGAGCUGAUAGAGAGAGAAACUCUGGGCUUCUAAGCUUAUUUCAUAUAUAAUAAACUUCACUGUUAUUAAUCGUACUAAUUAUUUUGUUAGAAAAAGAUUCUAGUCAUAUGAUUUAGUAUUUUACCAUGAAACUUUUUUCAUUCGGAGUUGUUCUCCUCUGAUUCUGAGAACGAUAACAUGCUUGUGGAUGUAGAGGACAGACUUGCUCGAAUCCAAGCUAUGAUCCAUGCAGCCGAGGGGAAGCCGAUGGAGAGCCGAGUACUGACCGAUUGGCUAGGGGAACUCAAAGAUGAUGCUUAUGAUAAGGAUUACAAUUAUGCUGCACAAUGUUCAAAAAGUCUCCAGCAAUCAAAGAAUCGUGCUGACCAAUCUACUGUCGAGACGCGCUCAGAGAAUUGCAAGAGUUCUGCCGAGUCCUAGAAAACAUCAAGAGCCUGCGAGUGUUGGAUUUGUCAUACAGCCCACAUGGUGGUCAGACGUUACCAGAGGCUAUCUGUGACCUCCCACGUCUUCGGUAAUGAGACCAUUCUCACACUAUGAUCGUACGACUGCCUAAAUCGAUGUCUAGGCUUUGCCACCUGCAAGUGCUGAAUCUGAAAAGGUGCCAUUUGAAUGCAAGAGAUGACAUGGUUUGAGGACACCUCAUGGGAGAGUCGAAGGACCUAAGAAGUA